UCCAUCAACAUUGUGCAACAACUCCCCUCACUAUCUGUUCUCCAAUACUCCAAACCAAAUCAAAAUCUCUCUUUCUCUCUCUCUUCUACUCCAUAUAGUUAUGGCUUCCCCACCUCUGUCACCUUCUCGUACGAUCCCCACCACUGCGGUUGCCCGAUCAGUGUUACCCAUUGGAUCUUCCUUGCCCUCUGUCAGCCUGACACGUCCAUACAACAAGCCGACAAGCUGCUCCCUUGUGUCCAAAAAUGAUGCGGCAACUAGUGCUACUGUCAAACCUAUCGUGAAACGGUGUGCAGAGUACAUUCCGAACAAGCUACCCGACAGUAAAUAUGUGCGGAUAUUUGACACGACGCUCCGUGACGGGGAACAAUCUCCCGGUGCAGCCCUUACUCCACCGCAAAAGAUAGAGAUUGCCCGGCAACUCGCUAAACUCCGAGUAGACAUCAUGGAAGCUGGUUUCCCGGGGUCUUCUGAGGAAGAGGUAGAAACCAUCAAAACCAUCGCCAAGACUGUUGGGAACGAGGUGGAUGAGGAGACAGGUUACGUCCCGGUGAUAUGCGGCCUCUCACGAUGCAAAGAUACAGACAUCAAGGCGGCUUGGGAGGCGUUGCAGUAUGCGAAGAGGCCGAGGCUAGGCUUAUUCAUAUCUACUAGUGACAUUCACAUGAAAUAUAAGUUGAAAAAGACUAGAGAAGAAGUUAUCGAGAUGGCCACGACUAGUAUUAGGUUCGCUAAAAGCUUAGGCUUCACUGACAUCCAAUUCGGUUCCGAAGACGGCGGCAGAACGGAUAAGGACUUUCUAUGUAAGCUUUUGGAAGUAGCAAUAAAAGAGGGUGCAGCUACGGUGGGCUUCGCGGACACGGUAGGGGUUAACAUGCCGCAAGAAAUGGCAGAACUAGUGACAUAUGUCAAAGAAAACACUCCUGGAAUUGAAAAUGUUAUCUACGGUGUUCAUUGUCACAACGACCUUGGUGUUGCUACCGCCAACACAAUCGCUGCCAUAUGUGCCGGAGCAAGACAUGUCGAAGUAACAAUCAACGGAAUAGGUGAAAGAAGUGGGAAUGCGCCGCUUGAAGAGGUCGUGAUGGCAUUGAAAUGUCGAGGACCAUAUGUGAUGGAUGGUGUUUACACAAAUAUAGACACACGCCAAAUUAUGGCUACUAGCAAGAUGGUUCAAGAACAUACCGGCAUGUAUGUUCAAGCACAUAAGCCCAUAGUUGGAGACAACUGCUUUGUUCAUGAAAGCGGCAUUCACCAGGACGGAAUAUUAAAAAAUCGGAGUACAUAUGAGAUUUUAUCACCAGAAGAUAUUGGGAUCGUCAAAUCUAAAAAUUCUGGCCUUGUUCUUGGAAAGCUUAGUGGACGCCAUGCUAUUAAAGAUAGGCUAAAAGAGUUGGGAUAUGACAUCGGUGAUGAGAAGUUGAAGGACAUCUUCUCACGAUUCAGGGAUUUAACCAAGCAGAAAAAGAGAGUCACAGACGAUGAUUUGAAGGCACUGGUGGUGUGAGGCGCUAGGGGGGGAUCCGUUUAUAAAGUGGAAAUUAAGAAGACUACGUAUGACGAAUAAUAAGUGCUUGCUUUAUUAAAGAUAUUGCAACUUUUCUGUGGUGUUUUUUAAUUUCGUAUGUUAAAUGUAUGUUUAGCUUUUUUAAGUGUGUGUUGUUUGUGUAUUACGAUGAUAACGUCGUCUAUGAAAAUUGUUGUUUUCACUUAAGCGUAUGUAAUAAUACUGUAAAAUGAGUAUAUUUCCUGAUAGGAAUAAAUACUGUUGUGGCUGUUUGUGUA